AGAGAGAGUGUGUGUGUGUGUGUGAGAGCGAGAGAGAGUGUGUGUGUGUGUGUGUGUGAGUGUGUGUGUGUGUGUGUGUGGAGGGGAUGUAUAUUGACUCCAGGCAGCGGUGGAGUGUGUUCAGUGUGCGUGAGACAGAGGACGAGAUGGAACAUCGGGACAGAUGAAGACUGCAAAUGGUCCUUCCUGUGUGUUGGUCCAGAUGAGUGUGUCCAAAGCUCCUCCCAGCCACUCCCACUUCCCGUCAGGAGGCGGUCCUUCCUCUCAUCUGACCCUCCCCCCGCCGUCCUCCUCCUCCACGUCCCCGUCCCCCUCGUCUGUGUCCCCGCCCUCCGCCCCCCCUCCCCCAUCUCCGGUGAAGAUCUCCAUGCAGGAGCACUUCGCCAUUAACGUGUGUCCCGGCCCCAUCCUGCCCAUCCCCAACCUGUCUGACUUCUUCCCGCGCUACCACGCCUUCCCGACCACGCCCCCUCCGCCCAGAGAGAAACCUGUCGCUCGGACCCGAGAGACAGACAGAGAGAGGGACGAGGAGAGACAGGAGGAUGGAGAAGAGAGGGAGGGCAUGGACUCUGACGAUGACGACACGUACCUCGGCACUCUGGAGUUCAGCCUGCUGUUUGAUCAGGAGAACAACUGCCUGCACUGCACUAUUCAUAAGGCAAAGGGACUAAAGGCCAUGGACUCCAACGGACUCGCCGACCCCUAUGUGAAGCUCCACCUCCUGCCUGGAGCAAGCAAGGCAAAUAAAUUGCGCACAAAGACCCUGAAGAAUACUUUGAAUCCAGUUUGGAAUGAGACCCUGGUUUACCAUGGCAUUACCGCUGCUGACAUGACAACAAAAACUCUCAGGCUGUGUGUGUGUGAUAUGGACCGUUUGGGUCGUAACGAGUUUAUUGGUGAAGUGCGAGUCGCUUUAAAGAAGCUCAAAGAAGGAGAGAGCAAACGAUACAACAUGGGACUGGAGAGAAUCGCACAGGUGCGAGAAGGUAACAAUCAGACGGUGGAUCAGAGUUCACAACUAGCAGAGGAGGAGCGGGGACGUAUCCUGGUGUCUCUGUGUUAUAUCGUGGAGAAGACGUGUUUGGUGGUUGGGAUUAUUCGCUGUGCUCACCUUGCAGCGAUGGACUCUAACGGCUACUCCGACCCCUUCGUCAAGAUCGUUCUUCAGCCAGAUAUGGGGAAAAAGUCCAAGUAUAAAACUUCAGUGAAGAAAAAAACAUUAAACCCGGAGUUUAAUGAGGAGUUUAUAUACGAGGUUCCUCACGAUCAACUGGCUAAGAAGACUCUGGAAAUUUCCGUGUGGGAUUACGAUCUGGGAAUGAGCAACGAUUUCAUCGGAGGAGUUGAAUUGGGGAUCAAUGCUAAAGGAGAGCGAUUGAAGCACUGGUUCGAGUGUCUUAAAUACAAAGGAAAGAAAGUGGAGUACUGGCACACGCUCACGCAGCAAGGGGCACCGAGCAGCGACUAACAUACCCUCUCACACACACACUCACACACACACUCACUCACACACACACACACACACACACAUAUACGGAAGAGUACGAGUAAUAAUGAAAUGAUGCAAUAAACACACUCAUGAGAGUGCGACGAAUGACGAAGUGGUGUCUAGAUGUCACAUCGUCCUUGUGUAUCUGAAAACACACGCAGGUGGUGAUUCGGGAAACGACCCCGCUGACGUCACACACACUUUGGAGUUGUGUAAUAACCGUUAUGAAGUGUGUGUCAUGGACAAUUUGCACAUCAGUCAAAGCACAACCCAGGCUGGAUUUUGUCCUUGUGUAUUUGUUUGUUGUUUCUGUGUCUUUAUGUGUGUGUGAGUGUGUGUGUGAGUGAGUGUGUGUGUGUGUGUGUGUGUGUUUGUACAUACAUGAUUUCCUCACAUCUUCCAUACAGUCAGUGAUGUACAGAGAGAAGUGAAACACUCAAACACACACACACAGAGGCCUGGAAUAAGCUAGCAUGAGAACCUUUAAUCUCCUCAUCAGGACAGGAUUAUUAUUGUGUGUUGCUCACCACUGGAUUGUGAACAGCGACUUCAAAAAUCUGUACAGCAUCAUGAACGUUGUUGUGUUUGUGUGUCUGUCUGAACGACCUCGUUGUGUAAUGUGUGUGUGUUCAGUCUACGUUGGACGUGUCCGUGGAGUCACCUUCAAAAUGUGUCCCCGUUCAAAAAAAAAAAAAAAAGCACACUGAUGAGAUGUUGAUGAUGAUGAUGAUGAUGAUGAUGAAGAUGAUGGCUCUCGACUGCCCUCUACUGGUGCAGCAUUUGAAUUGCUCAACACUUAAACACCAAAAAAAAACAGCCAAUCUCCUCUGAAGAUCUGAACCAUCAAACAGAAACACAUCAAGUACCAACAUCAAAAACGCUAAGAUGCUGAAAUGUCAAUGAGAAAAGCUCAACUAUCCUCUUAGAAGCUUAAAAGGGGCUCAGUCACCAAUCAGAACAACUCAUUGAUGAUGAACCUGCUUCUGAAAAUCUUAACCACCAACUUAACCACCUUCAAAGAGCCUAAUCACCAAUAAACAACCUACAAAUAUCUCAGCCUCUGAUCAUAUGCAUCCCAAAAGCCCUGAAAUAAAUCAAACAUCCUCUUAGGAUCUGAAACACCAACAUGAAAUACUCUAGAAAUAAAAAAAAGCCUGUGAGAAGGUCAGUCAAACAGAGGAGCUCAGAAACCAGCCAAACAGUCAAAGACCUCAACCACCAAUCCAACUGUCGCCAAAAACACCCAACAAAAAGCUCAACCUCCAAUCAAACAGCAUGUGAAGAAUUCAACCGCCAAUCAAACAUCAUCUGAAGAACUCAAUCUCCAAUCAAACAUCAUCUGAAGAAUUCAACCUCCAAUCAAACAGCAUGUGAAGAAUUCAACCUCCAAUCAAACAUCAUCUGAAGAAUUCAACCGCCAAUCAAACAGCAUGUGAAGAAUUCAACCUCCAAUCAAACGGCAUCUGAAGAACUCAACCUCCAAUCAAACAGCAUGUGAAGAAUUCAACCUCCAAUCAAACAUCAUCUGAAGAAUUCAACCGCCAAUCAAACAUCAUCUGAAGAAUUCAACCGCCAAUCAAACAGCAUGUGAAGAAUUCAACCUCCAAUCAAACAUCAUCUGAAGAAUUCAACCGCCAAUCAAACAUCAUCUGAAGAACUCAACCUCCAAUCAAACAGCGUUGAAGAAUUCAACCGCCAAUCAAACAUCAUCUGAAGAACUCAACCGCCAAUCAAACAGCAUGUGAAGAAUUCAACCGCCAAUCAAACAGCAUGUGAAGAAUUCAACCACCAAUCAAACAGCAUGUGAAGAAUUCAACCUCCAAUCAAACAGCAUGUGAAGAACUCAACCUCCAAUCAAACAGCAUCUGAAGAACUCAACCUCCAAUAUGACAGCAUUUGAAGAACUCAACCUCCAAUAUGACAGCAUUUGAAGAACUCCACCAAUCCAACAGAAUCUGAAGAACUAAAUCAGAGUCAACUACCAACUACCAACUUAAACCAAUCCAGAAGCUUCUGAAGAGGUCAUCCACUUCCUGAACAUCCAAAAAUCUCAUAAACCAAUAAAACACAUCAGAAAUGAUUGAAAUGAUCAAAAAGCCUUCAAAGACUUUGUCCACCAAUAAAGCAACACCUGAAGAGCUUCACCACCAAUCAGUCAGCCUCCAAAGUGUGCAUACAACAAGAACUCCAGCUGGUUGAUGGUUUGAUUCAAUCAAUGACUUCCUGGAAGAUCUCCACAUCUCCACAACUCUGGAUUCAGUGCAGGAAAUCUGUAAGGAUGCCGUGUGUUACUGAGAACUGUGUUUUCAGGUCUGAUUUCACACAAAGCUCUCUUUUUAUUGUAAUGUUUCAAUUUUCAAAAGAUCUGCAUGAAGAUGUUACAACAAGUUACCUGUCAUCUACUAAAGACUUCAUCAUCAACCAAGAGUCCAGCAACGCUGGAGAUUAUGCAAGCUGGACUUUUUGCAAGCCAUCUGUCUUUACUUUGUGGUGUUGGUGAACCAAACACUAAAACAGGGUGUUCCUUGAGUUUGAGCUAAUUCAUUAAGCUUCAGGCCCCGCCCACACGUAUACGAAUAUUUUUGAAAACGUAGUUUUUUUUCUCUGCGUUUUGAGAAUCUGCUCAAACCGCGGCUCUUAACGUUAUCCGUAAGCAGUUUGAUGUAACAGCUCAUGACACACUAUCGCCACCUACUGGGCUUGCACGCUUACUGAGCAUUUCCAAACUGUUUGUGUGGUUUGUUUGUGUGUGUGUGUGUGUGUGUGUGGAUGGAGACAUUUACAGAAAUGCUUUUCACACAGAAAGGAUUUCUUUUUAAAAACAGAGGCAUAAAAGCUAUGUUUCAAAACUUUUUGUAUGCGUGUAGACGGAGCCUGAGUGACAUAUGCAAAAAAUCGAUGUACCUUUACGUUUCUUUAAUGACGAGUCUGAUUUCAAUUCAAGCAUUAUAUAUAUAUAUAAAAUAUUAAAGUAAGAUUACAAAGAUGAUUGCUGCAUGCCUAUAUGUGUCAUGUGUGCCAUUUAACGUGUCAUCACCUAGCUAGCUGUAUAACUGCUACGUUUAUUUAUUUGUUUGUUUGUUUGUUUGUUUGUUUGUUUGUUUGUUUGUUUGCACAGGGAUGAUUAAGGCUGUUUUAUUAAGAUGGUUUUUAGGUCCCAGAUCUUCUUCAAACGUUCUCAUGUGUCCUGAAACACUGUCUCUACGGAAUGUGUACUGUGACUGCCAUCGUGUGGUCAGUCUUUGUAACUGCAUCUCAAAAAUAAAAUAAUAAUAAAAUGAACUGUGAUGCAAUCAAACUCUA